ACAACAAACGAAGUGGAUCUCCAGUAAAACAGGGAACCACUACAACGACAAGAAGGAUAUUUAUUUAAAUUACAAAACUCCCCACAACCAAAUUUUAUUACAUAAGGAUUACAAACGACAAUAAACAAAAACAUAAAACAUGAGAGUAACACAGCAGUGGGCCGUAUUGGCCGCCGUUUUAUUGGCCAUAUGUUCGGUGCAAGCCGAAGAACCCUCCUGGUCCACGGACAGCUGGUCGGUGAAGGAAUCAAUGCUGGCUCGUAGAUCCGCCGAUGCUGAAGCUGCCAAACAGGAAGAUGUCCAAGGUCGCAACUACGCCGUUCAUGAACAAAUCUACAGCAACGAAACCGAGGUCAAUGAAUUGGUUGAACAACUCAUCACUUCCCGACGUGAGGGUAGAAUUUUGAAUGACUACGAUCAGGUCUAUGCUGAUGGUAAUGUUGAUCAGGCCUUGAUGCAGGGUGAUGAUAUGCAGGCCCGCAAUCUGGUGCGUGAUAAGUUGUGUUCUUUGGGUCUGAUGAGCUGUGAGACCGAGGGCAAACGUCAAUACUAUUCGACCAUUUAUGCCCAGGGACCACCACCACCCAAUAAAUUCGGUGGCGGACCUUAUGGACCAGCCAAACCCAUGCCACCACCUGGAUUCUACAAUGGUCGUCCUCCCAUGGGACCUCCUCCAUCAUCGGUUAACUCUUUUGGUCCACCACGCAAGGUUGGCUAUGAAUCAUCUUACAAACCUGGUUACAGACCCUCUGGCCCAGGAGGCAACUACAAUGGUCCCUAUUUGGAGUCUCCACCACCCUCGGCCAUUGAUGGUUCCGGUUUGACUACCUUCAACAAACCCCCACCCGGUGCCAUAAUUUACGGUAGCAAACCUCCAGGUCCUGUUUACAGCGGUAAUGGCGCUAGCAACAAGAUCCCUCCUUAUGCUUUUGAAAAUCCCGAAAAGAUUCAUGCCGCUGGUUCCCAACAAACCAAUUUCUAUAGUCACCAAUCAUCGGCCUCUGCUUCCCAAUCCUCUAGCACCAAGGUUGUUGUGGGCGGUACUGUUGCCAAUGCCGUCUCAGCCAGUGCUGCCGGUCUCCAGCAACAUGUCCAUCAUCAUUUCCAUCAUGUUGAUGGUGGCGAUUCUGCAAAGGUACCCACCGUGCCCGUUCCCUUGGGUAAUGGCCAAACCAUAAAUACUGAUUUCUCUGCCUUGGCCCAAUCCUCCACAGCCUUCAAUCCCCAAACUUCGGCCUCCUUUGGUGGACAAAGUCAAAAUUCCUACAAUGCCGGAUUCAAUGCUGCUUCCCAGGGUGGCCUUUUGUCUCAGACUUCCAAUGGUUUCAAACCCAACGGUUUGGGUUCCUUUGGUGCUGGUUCAUCGGCCGGAGGUGCUGGCUCAAAUGGUUAUGGAUCAACAGGAUUUGGUUCUUCUGGUUCUAACUUUAACUCGGGCAGCAAAUUUGCUUCCGGAACUACUGGUUUUGGUUCCAGCAAUGCAGGUUAUGCCUCGGGUUCCAGCAAUGCUGGAUAUGGCUCUGGUUCCAGCUCUAGCUCCAGUUAUCACAGUCAAAAUCCCAGCUACUACAAAAAGGAGUUGCAAAACUUCGGCGGCAUCCAAGCUUCAUCCUCGAACAAUUUCAACAGCCUUACCUCGGGUUAUGACCAAUCUUCUUACAACAACGGUGCAGGCUAUGACACAUCUCGCAACCAAUAUGUCGACUGCCAAUGUGUUCCCUUCAACCAGUGCCCAGCUGCUGACCGUAUUGGCCGCAAGGAAGAUUUGAUUUUGGCCAUUGAUCCCCGUAAUUUGGGUAAGGAUAUUGAGGCUUUGAGUGAUGAGGCCGCAGCCAACAUCACCACCAAUGCCAUGCCUGAAAAGAAAGAAGACUCAGCUACCGAAGAGAAGAAGCACGAAGAGGAGGGUGAAAAGAAACGUAGCAAACGUGAAGCAGAAGCAGCCAAGGAUAAGCAAGAUGAAGCUGCCGAUUUGCCAUUAGAUGCUGAAGGGCGUGCCUACUAUGGUAACCGUCCCGUUGAGAAGACCUGCCGUGUAAAUGAAGUCUGCUGCCGCCGCCCCUUGCGCCCUGUACCACCCCCACAACAAUUUGGACGCUGUGGUGUACGCAAUGCUGCUGGCAUUACUGGUCGCAUUAAGAACCCCGUCUAUGUUGAUGGUGACAGUGAAUUCGGUGAAUAUCCCUGGCAUGUGGCCAUCUUGAAAAAGGAUCCCAAAGAAUCGAUUUAUGCCUGUGGUGCCACGCUCAUUGAUGCCCAACAUGUGAUUACAGCUGCCCAUUGUAUUAAGGCUCAAAAUGGCUUCGAUUUGAGAGCCCGUCUGGGUGAAUGGGAUGUCAACCAUGAUGUUGAGUUCUUCCCCUACAUUGAACGCGACGUUGUCUCCGUACACAUCCAUCCUGAAUACUAUGCCGGUACCUUGGACAACGAUUUGGCUGUGUUGAAAUUGGAUAGCCCUGUUGAUUUUAGCAAAAAUCCUCACAUCAGCCCCGCCUGUUUGCCCGACAAAUACUCCGACUUCACCGGUGCCCGUUGCUGGACCACGGGCUGGGGCAAGGAUGCCUUCGGUGAACACGGCAAAUACCAAAACAUUCUCAAAGAAGUCGAUGUGCCAAUUCUCUCCCAUCACCAGUGUGAAAGCCAGCUGCGUCAAACCCGUCUCGGCUAUAGCUACAAACUCAAUCCCGGUUUCUUGUGUGCCGGCGGUGAGGAGGGCAAAGAUGCCUGCAAAGGUGAUGGUGGCGGCCCCUUGGUCUGUGAACGUCAAGGCAUCUGGCAAGUUGCCGGUGUGGUGUCCUGGGGUAUUGGCUGUGGCCAGGCUAAUGUUCCUGGUGUCUAUGUUAAGGUUUCCCACUACUUGGACUGGAUCCGUCAAAUCACUCAAUACUAUAAAUGAUUGGAAGCCACACCGCCAGUGACCACGACUCGAAGAUGUUGCCAAUCGCGGGACAUAUUUGAGUUUCACUUUUAAAUCGCCAUCAAAUUUUCAAUGUCUGUCUUUUUUUACGAGCUUUUAAUUUAUUUUGUUAGUGUUGUAAGCCGAUAACUGACGUGCUCUCAGCUUUAUGUAUUUAUUGUUUUUUGUUUUAAUCCUUAUUGUUUGUUGUUUUUUUUUUUUUUUUUUUUUUUGUAUUAUUUUUUAUUGUCAUUUGAGAUUGUUGCGUGAAAACGCCGUUGAUCACGUAAACAUAGAAACAAAAACUAUUUAAUUUUUUUAUAUAUGUAUUUAAUUUAUUUUUUGUAAUGAAUGAUUAUUUAAAUAAAGUGAAUUUUUAUUUAUAAAUAAAA